AUGGCGAAUGAUCCGGAUAUCGAAGAGGAAGAAUACGGCAAACACUUCGGCCGGCUGGACCUCGAUCGAGUUGGUUUCUUUGAUGACGCACCACCAGGACCUUGGGACGGUUACCGUAACAAACCAUCGGGCGGUGGUUUGCGUGAAAGCAAUGCCACUGGUAAGCAGAUGUCAUGCAAACGAGUCGGUGGACUAUUUGACCGACAGUUCAAACGACUCUUCAUUGGUGAAGCCGACAAGGACGAUAUCCCACCACUACCACCAUCAAAGCAAGGCGAAAAAGAUGAGGAGAAAGACGUAAAUAAACCUAUAAUAAUGACACCUGGUUACCCAAAGAAACACUCAACACCAGGCGAUUGGUAUGGUUGCAUAGGAAAGCAAUUCAAACAUUUUAGCCCCGAAACUAAGCCCGAACCACCAGUUGAACCAAAACCACUGAAUUUCAAAACGAGUCCAGCUCCAUUCGGUGGUCCAGGAUACGCUAAUUAUUGUAUUAAUAAAUACGUCAAAAUGUACAAAGACUACGAACCUUACGAUAUCGAAAAAAUAAUGCCUAAAGAUUCUGAACAAGAAGGUUUACGACCAAAAGUAUUUGUAACCACAUUUGUCCCUCGACCCUACUUCAACGAGAAUCCGUACGCGCUCGUACAUAUGCCCCCAUCACAUAAGAAACCACCACUUCCACGCGUGAAGAAACAGACACGGAUACAAUUCCAUCUGACUUUUCCACGAGCACCUUUCGGUCGUAAUUCUGGAUGUUUUUAUCCAUUCCCAAAAUAUUUUUCUGAUCCUUAUGACAAGAUUCCCAAGAAAAAAGGAAAGAAAGUUAAACCAAAAGCACCGCUACAUUUAGUAGGUGUAGCGGAGUGCAAGUCUAAGUUUACGGUCAGUAUCGUAGAGCGAGUUACGAGGGUUUCUUGCAAUGCUGUUACAUACAUUGAUUAUCGGGAACAGGUCUAUCCUAUAAAAUAA